GCUUUAUAUCGCCAUCGUCUUUCCGCUGCAGCACCGUCCCAUCGUCCUGCUGAGCCCGAUCGUCUCCACCGCCUUACGAUCCCGGCCCUCUCCCGUCCCUUUCUCUUGCUCGACCUGCGAUCCCCCGCACCCGGAGCCAUGCCCCAGAACCGUGCCCCCGCUCCCUCGGCUUCCGCCAUCGACUGGAACAACCUGAGAUUCAACAUCAUCCCGACCAACUCGCACAUCCGCUACACCUGGAAGAAUGGCCAGUGGGACGAUGGCGUCGUCGAGACCGAUCCAUACAUCACGCUGAGCAUCGCCGCCACGGUCCUCCAUUAUGGCCAGUCCUGCUUCGAGGGCCUCAAGGCUUUCCGCAUGAAGGAUGGCAAGGUCCGGGUGUUCCGUCCCGAGCUCAACGCCGAGCGGCUCAUCGACUCGUGCCAGACCGCCUCGAUGCCUGCUCCGAGCGUCGAGCUGUUCCUUGACGCCGUUCGCAAGGCCGUCGAGGCCAACAUCGAGUUUGUCCCGCCCUACGGCUCCAUGGGCUCGAUGUACAUCCGGCCUUUUGUCUUUGGCUCCGGCCCGCAGAUCGGCCUGCACGCCGCCGAGGAGUACACCUUCAUGAUCUUUGUCAACCCCGUCGGCGACUUUUACAAGGGCGGCGUCGGCAACCCCGUCACGGCCCUGAUCCAGCACUCGCUCGAUCGCGCAGCUCCAUACGGCAGUGGCCAUCUCAAGCUCGGCGGCAACUAUGCACCGAUCCUCAAGCCAACCGAAGAGGCCCACAAGCGCGGAUACACAGUCAAUCUGUUCCUCGAUGCCGCCGAGCACAAGUACGUCGAGGAGUUUGCCACCUCCAACUUUGCCGCUCUCACCCCGGUCGUCAACGGCACACGCACCUACGUCACCCCAAAGAGCCGUUCGAUCUUGAACUCGGUCACCAACCGCUCGCUCGAGGAGCUGGCCCAUGCUGUCUUUGGCUGGACAACUCAGCGCCGUGCUGUCGAGUGGACCGAGGUCGAAAACGGCGCCUUCAAUGAAGUUGCUGCCUGCGGCACCGCCGUGAUCCUCACUCCGGUCAAGGAGAUCCACCGGGAGAUUGUGGACGAGGCCACGGGCAAGGUCGACACCCAGAUCGUGACCAUGUCGCCAGAGGGCCAAAAGUUCGAGGGCUUCCGAGGACUCUAUCAGGCCUACCGCGCUCUCCAGUAUGGCGAGCUCGAGGGCUGGGAAAAGUUUGGGUGGAUGUGGCCGGCCCAGGGUCUCGAAGACCUUGCUUAAGGCACUGCAUGACCAUCAUCCGACCCUCAAUCGCUAGACUCAUCUAACAACGCACAAGCUGUGCAGCAGAGCACUGUUUUGAGAGGCAGCCUUCUUUUUUUUUUUGAUGUGAAUACAAACUCA